GGCCUGCGUAAUACUGUUACAUCAAUGUGCGCUGGGUUUGAGCGGAUCAUGGAGGACUGGGAGAGUGAGAUCGUUCCCGGCCAGCCAGGUUACGUGCCGCGUGCUGCACCUAUCUUUAAAUCGACCAUUGGAAUGAGUCGCUCUGAGCGCCGCCGCCACUACGCCGAGCUUCUUAAGCAGCACCACCUGGCCAACAUGCUCCACAUCCAGAACCCACGCAAUGGAGAUGCUUGCAAGGAUCGCAUUGUUGAGCCGAAUAACUCGCGCGGUGGCGGCGACAACACUCCAGGCGUGUCUGGGCAAGCAACUGCGACAGCAGCCUCCACUCCACAGCCGCGGCCACGUUUCGGUUGCACCACAGGGCAGCGCAGUCGCAGCGGCAUGGCCACGCCACCAGGACACCAGGUGGCGCUCACCCCGGGGGGACUUGACGUUACCUACAAGUUCUCGCCGAACUGUUUGUUGGUGGUCGAAGGCGAUGGUACCAUUUACUACACCUCUGCUGGAGGCCCCGGUCAAAGUAUGCUGCGGCUGCAAGAUGCCGACCGGGCUGUUUCGUGGUCCUCCCGCUUUUAGCUACAUUUAUGCAGUAAAUAAAUAAGAGUGGUUUUGUUUUA